GCGAGACAAGUAAAAAUCCAAGAUGGCGAAUCGCGGCGGACACCAUGUGGAUGCAGUUACAGAGCGAAGAUUAAAGCCGAUCUACGAUAAUCUGGACAAUGGUAACUACAAGACAGCCAUACAGAUGGCAGAUAAAGUCCUGAAAAAACACAAAGAUCUCCAGUGUGCCAAGGUCUUGAAAGCACUUGCACUCCUGAGGAUUGGCAAACGCAACGAAAGUCUGGGCCUUACCCAAGACGUGAUGGCCACCAAACCGGUGGAUGAGCCGACACUGCAGGCCCUGUCCAUCUGCUUCCGGGAAAUGCAAAAACCGGAACAGAUAAUUGAGUUGUAUACUACAGCGCUGAAGAGCAACCCCACCAAUGAGGAGUUCCACACCCACUUGUUCAUGGCUCUAGUCAGAGUCGGUGAUUACAAACGACAGCAACAGGUUGCUAAGGACAUGUACAAAGUCUUUCCCAAGAACCCCUACUAUUUCUGGGGAGUAAUGAGCACAGUUUUACAAGCUCUCACAUCCACUGAUGAGAAACUGGCCCAGACGAUGUACCUGCCGCUGGCAGAGAAGAUGGUUGAGAGGAUGGUCAAGGAGAGAAGAAUGGAGGCAGAAGCCGAGGUCAACAUCUAUCUUAUGAUCCUAGGCUAUCUGAACAAGCACGAGAAGGCAAUUGAAGUCCUGGAUGGAGAGAUGGGAAAAUUCUUGAAGGCUGAGGUGGAUGCUUGCCCCAUCCGGAAGGCAGAGCUUCUGUGCAAGAUGGGGCGGUGGGCGGAGGCAAACUCUGCCUACAAGAUACUUCUCACAAAAAGUCCGGACAAUUGGCUGUUCUGUAAGCAGUACUUUAAGACAGCGCUGGCGCUCAUUGAAAAUAACUGGUCCCCUCCUGCGGCAGGAGAAAGCGGCAGUGGAAAUGGCAACGUGAGUCAGCCGGACUAUACAAUAGACAUGGUGCUCAAUUUCAUCCAAGAGAAAUCAGAGGCUGAGAAGAGAGCAGCCAAGGAGGGCCAUGCCCUCCCAAGAGGCAUCUUCCUCUCUGGGAUACAGUUGCUGAGGAUUCUUAAAGAGAAAGAGUCUCCGCACAUAUUAAAGAUGGGACCGAGCACUGAACUUUUCAAAUGCUAUUUUGACUUGUUUGGAGACCGGCCCUGUUGCUACGACGACCUGUGUCAGUUUUUGCCCCUCAUUGCGCCAGAGGACCACCAGGGUUUUGUGCAGAGUCUUCUUGACACGUUGGAGAUGGAGCUGAGCGAUGAUGGAAUGAAAUAUGCAAAAUCAGUAAAGCAAAUCUACAGGCACCUGUGCAUCCUGAAGAUCAGUCGCAGGUUAGGCCUUCAGGACAAUCUCUCUCAAGAAGAGAAGCUGACCCUUGCCAAGGAGCUCAUCAAACGCAGCGAAGCAGCGCAGAGUUAUGGCAAGGACCUGCUCUGUACUGAUUUACAGUAUGGAGAUGAAUACCUGCUAAUGGCUGUGCAUUUGCUCAUUGAUAUCUGGGAGGAAACAGGAGAAGACAAAUACUUGUGGAGGAUGCUUGGACUUCUAGAGAAUGGACUGUCGUCUAGUUCCUCAUGUCAUCAUAUGAAGUUGCUGCUUAUACGACUGUACUGUCUCGCUGGUGCCUUCGGUCCAAUACCAGACCUUUAUGAUGGGCUGGACAUUAAACACAUUCAACAAGACACAUUAGGGUACACAGUCUCAGGAUACGUGACUAGCUUGGGUCAUUUUACCUCAGCCACUGCCUUGUUCAACACAACUCUGAAAUUCUUCAACUCAAACCACAAAGAUACCACUGAGUACAUGAUCACAGCGUACAAGUUUGGGACGUUCCACAAGAUUCCAGAAUUUCUGACAUUUCGACAACGAAUCAGCAACUCUCUCCAUCGUACUCUGGUCACUGUGGAGAAACUUCUCCUGGAACUGCUAACGGAAGCAGAAAUAGCGGGGAACACUCUGAGAGAUUUCGUUGUCGACAUGGAUAUCCAUCCUGAAAAAGACAAUACCAAAUGGGAAGAAAUCUCAGACAACAGAGAUCUUGAUAUCAUGGUGUCUUGGGCCCCAGAACACAGGCAACUUUCUGAGGAGGAUCGACGAGCGUCCUCGCAGCAGGAGAAAUCCUGGCUAAAAGUGAGGCAGUUGACAUUGCGGUCCCUGGCCGCUGCCACCUAUCUCACACCAAACUCACCCUCAACACCUGACAGCACCCCCACAAAUAAUGGGGAAGGACCCAGCUAUGAGAAGGUGCUGGCUGCAUUAACAGACGAGUUGGACAGGCACUUGGUUGAAGUGGCAGAAGAUCCCACUACGCAUAGAAAAUUUCCUAUUCAAGGGCCGCCAUGCACGCGGAUGGUAAACUACCUCAAGGGGAAUUGUGGGAAGAUUUUCCUAAUGGCACUGAGGGUAACGCUGAGCAUACGUGAGCUCUCCAUGCAGCAAGACGAUAACGCAGAGUUGCAGAGUACAAUAGAACAAGCCUUCACCAGCAUCACCGACAAAUUUUCAGAAUCUUUAAGGAGAAGUAGGCGGUGCUUAAUCCGAGAAGAUGGAGAGUCAAGACAUUUUGACAGACAGGUUCUUCCAGAGUUGGCCUUACUUGUUGAGACACUGGCUUUUGUCAUAUUACUUGCCGGAGUCAAGUUCCGGCUUCUCAAACCCAUGAAGGCAGCAGCCCUGAGGAAGAGCAGAAAAAAGAAAGGCGGAGCCACAGCGAAGUUGCAGAUGCCGAUUUUCCAGCAUUUCAAGGAUUACACCGAGAAUGUGCAACAGCUGGCCAACGGUUUGACGGCAGCAGUGCAGGACAUUGACCCAACGAUGCUGUCGCUCGACCUUGGGAAACUCAAACUGUCUGAGUCCAGCCUAGAGAACCAAGAGACCUCUUUAGCCAGAGCCGAGAGCACCGUCUGGAAGCGCAUCGAGAAGAGCUACCACGAGAGUUCCAAGGAAAUCCUUGAGGUGCUGAAGGGCAAGAGAGACUUCCUGGCCACGUUGAAACUUUGACGGCUGGGGCCUGCUCGGCCCGUGGAUCAUGUGCAUUGAACUUCUAUCAAAUAGAGCAUUAGUUCAUGCGAGCCAGUACCUGUAAACGAUUUAAUUUACUCAAUAUUUUUUUGUUUUGAAGGCUGCAAACACCCGUGUCUUUUUGUGGGAUAUAUUAAUUGAGGAUUUUUAUUUCACCAACUUUUUUUUGGUAUGUAAGCUUGCUGUUUACUGAGGCCAUUUUAGAAUGCUCAAUAGGCUUACCUGGGUGUAAUUUAAACCUACGAUCUACUACAAGCACAGGCAUUGCAGUUUCACUUCGGUUACCGAGCCUUGAAGUAAAUUGUGGACAUUGUUUGCCCCCCUAUUGGCUUUGUGCAUGAACCACAGAGGGUUCAUCCUUACUAUUGGCAUUUUUAUUGGGAUUUCUGAUUUCCACCACUAGUGGACUCCCCGCACAAUACCUCCUCAACAGUGAUGAAGAGAGAUGCGGCCAAACACUUCAACCAAAUUGCCACUGUGUACCCAUAGGCCAGCACUCGCUUCAUGCAUCUGGUUUAUGAAUUUUCAGAUGAAAAUUUGUUGUGUGUACUCUACUUCCCAAUUUGCAAAAGCCUAUGGAGCUCGUGUGAGUGGUCACAGGUUGCCAUCCAUUGUUCCUGCAAAGGGGCCAUAACUUGCAACGUCAUGAAAUGUGUGAUGUGGACCCAAGUUGGCCCAGUGUUAUAGGGCAGCUUUAAGGCAAAUUUCAGUGACGACCAUUUGAUUACCACUUGGCGAUUUUGCGUGGUACCCUGAAUACAUUUUGUACACAGGUUACCAGGGAAAGUCAACGAGUGGUUGACAAAUGGCCAUUGCUUGAACUUGCCUUCAACAGUAAAUACUGCUUAGCAAAUUGAUGUGUGGAGAAAAAUAUCAGCAGGGCAAAAGUCGCGAGUAGUGUACAAUGCACGGCAUUUGAGCUGGUAACCUUCAACUAUUCGAAUAUUUUCCGUGCUUAGGCCGUGUCCGAGUUGUUUGACUGUGGCUUAAUAUUGUACAGGAGUCUAUGCUGGUGACCACAGCCAGUUACAUAGAGUGUUGUAAAAUGUCAAGCCAUAGCAGAGAGAUUCAGACAGGACCUUAGUACCUGUAUGAAGCAGGUAACUAGCCUGGUGCCCUCACCCAUUGUAUCCCUUUGAGUUUCCAGCUUAUGUAUCUGUUCAGCAGCCAUAUCCGUUGCCUUGAGCCCGUUGGUGAGGCUUUAAUGUUUGACAAUGAAAGCAAAUAUAGCUGUGAUUACAGUGUAGCUGAUAUGAGCAAUAUAAGAAGUCCCUGUUUCCUAGCAUACAGAUUGUGGUAAAUAGCACUUAGUAUAAACACUCCUCUGCCACGUAGUGACUGAUGCUGGAUAACUUCAUUCCAUUGUUGGCAUAAAUCUAUUUUCAAAAUCACCGCUUUGGAAGACUAUCUUCCUCUUUGGCUGCGUAGAGCUUGAUACACACAUUAUUUUCCAUGCACGAGCACCACCCUUGGCAGUGUAGCAGUAUACAUGCACAUUUGAUAUCCUGAAUAAAAGUUGCUGGAAAGAAAACGGGAAAUCGUAUCAGCACUCAAAAGAUCAGUUACUCUAGAAUUUCAUGCUCUAUCAUGUCUAUUAUAUUUUGUAUUUAUUUUUCCAAAGUAAUGGUUCACUACGUUCACUGUGGUGUUAUAUACUUAGACCUUUAAAACAAGGGAUUAAAAUUUAAACAAAGAUUAAUUGGUCCCAAAAAUAUUUCACUGUUAAAUUGCAAAUCAAUAAAGUUGCGUCCAGUUUGAGUUUGAAGUCCGAAGCACAGCUGGAGGAAAGAAAUGAAAACUGGAAAACAGUUUGUGACCUUCAUUUGUUUCUGUGAGCGAGAAAAAAGGAAAAAUUGGCUUGCUGGAAAUAGUUUGAAUGAGAUCUGAUCAAAGUGUGAUGAUCGCAGUUGGUGGUGGUUGAUGUCAAAGAAACCGUAGGUAACACGCUGCUGCAGAUUUGUGGGUUUUACAGAUGUACCUCAGUUACUUCGAGACGUCACACUCUGUUCUCAGUUAGAACGGAAGUAUAGAAAACUUUCACAAAGUUUUGCAGGACAUUCUGCAUGGACUCCUUUUAUGGCAGAAAGCAACGUGGUUGAUUUUGCUCAGAGCAGCUGUCACAGAGCUCAGUACAAUAGUCAUCACUGUGCUUACCACCAUUGAUGAGGGCCACUGUAAAUGAUCAGUGAGGGCGUGACCAUGGUCACAAGAUUCAUCUAGACAUUCAUCUGUUGUCCAAAUCAACCUUUUACACUUGCACCCUCCUUUUUCUGAUCUGGAAAAUUGCCUCAUCGUGCUUUGUAAUUUCCCAAAAGACCAUGUUCAGGUAAUUUGUGCAGCAUGCUUCAAAUGUGAGAGUUUUUGUUGAUGCAAGCCACAUCUGCCCUUUGCAUACUAGUUUUAAAGCAAGACGUUGUUUUGAAGUGGAAAUAAGUUGGCUUUUUGAAGAGUAAUUGAAUACUUUUCUACCUGAAAUUAACAAAUAAAGAAAAAAAAACAAACAAAACAGACCUUUAAA